AUGGGAGAAGAGGUAUUGCUACACAGCUGGCAUGCGGUUCUUCUCUAUCUUCAACAACGACUUGAGGGGUUCGCUAGAGUCUUUCUUCAUAGGCCAGGCAUAGCCAAUGUCAUCGAGGCGGAUACUGCUCCUAUCAAGGCGAAAAGCGGCCUAACUUGCAGCCUACCAGUUUCUAGGAAACGACCAAGGGAUUCUUCUGAGAUCAAUACCUUGCUUUCCUUUGUUAACAGUCAUAACAUGAACCAGARUCAAAUGGAGCGUUKUGGAAACUAUACGUUUCUCGGAGAAGACAUMUCUUUGCAGAUCCAACAACAACAAUUAGAGAUUGAUCAAUUCAUCGCUCAUCAAACGGAGAAAGUGAGACUCGACGUCGAAGAGAGACGAAAGAGGAAUUCAAGGAGAAUAAUCGCAGCGGUUGAGGAAGGAAUCUCGAAGAGAUUGAGAGCUAAAGAAGAAGAAAUCGUGAAGAUCGCCAAAUUAAAUUGGGCAUUGGAAGAGAAAGUCAAGUCUCUGUGUGUAGAGAAUCAAAUCUGGCGAGAAUUAGCUCAAACAAACGAAGCAACAGCCAACGCAUUACGCAACAACUUGAAGCAAGUUCUAGAACAGGUCGUCCAUGACGAUUACCGCCACCGUACCACGACGACAUGUGUCAACGACGCGGGGGCGUUGGCCGAAGAUGCACAAUCAUGUUGUGAAAGCAACAAUGAAGAAAAUCGUCCACCAAUCGAUCUGGAUAACAUCAACGAUGAUUGUAGCAGCAAUAACAACAUCAUCAACAACAACAACAAAUUGUGCAAAUAG